AUGGCCGCGUAUCAGCCGCUGCAGCUCGCCGCCGAGCAAGACGAUCGUCCGGAAUUCGUUCGCCUAGGGAGACGAAAGUCCGACAUACGCCAACGGCUAACUCCUGGACCCACCCCGGCCCCGAGCCACGCCUCCCCGCUCGUCACCUUCCCUGACUCCACCCCCCGACCGUCUGGCCGAAGCUUGGGCCAAGCCUCUGGUGCAGGCUCGGGGCCCGGGUUCGGCAUCAACAUAGGGGAUUAUUCUGGCGCUCAGUUCCGUCACACCGCCGCGAUCACCGUGAUUGCGUCAGCUCAGUUCCGUCACACCGCCGCGAUCACCGUGAUUGCGUCAGCUCAGUUCCGUCACACCGCCGCGAUCACCGUGUCACGCGUGCAGGAGGCCCCAGUGGAAUUCGAGGACCGUGGAGAGGAGGUGUACGAGCGCUUUGAAGGCGUGCUGGCCGCUGCUGUGCGAGGUGUGUUGGGCUAUCGAGAAUCCCUCAGGCAGUUGGAGCAGUGCUGCAGGGAGCUGGCGGUGGGGUUGCGGGCGGACGCGGGGGAGAGCGUGCAGCCCGCCCAGGAGCACGUGCUCAGCAGGAAGAGCCAGGCGCUCCAAUCAGAGGCUGCCACGUGGGCGCUCAUGCACCACCUGUUUGGAUACGACACGGACCACCUGACGGAAGAUGUGCGACUGCACCCGUCCCCGUCAGCACAGGACACGUGCGACUUUCUGUCGACCAAUGAGAACGCGCAGCACAGCUGGCGGGUGCUGAGGUGGCUGGAGGGGCUGGCAGAGUCGGACCUCAUGCUGCUGCAGGCAGAGCGUGGCACCUGCCUGGGAAGCUACACAGAAGCUUCUGGCCUGCGUGUGCACACGCAGAGGGCGAUUCGCGAGGGGCAGGGGGGGCUGGGCGGGAUAGUGGGGCUGGGCGGCAGGAGGAGCAACGCGCUGGCGUUUGGUGGGCUGGAGGGGCGGUAUGGGCGGGGUGGGGGAGAGGAGAUGGUGACUGCUGUGGAUGCUGAUGCUGUUACUCGCGAGGGGGGGCGACUGCAUGCAGAGGACGAGGUGAGCUCACUCGCAUGCUCUCUCUCUCUCGUCCUUUUCUUGAGAGAGCUUGUCCUUGUCCUUGUCCUUACUUUCUCCAUCCCCAUCCUCUGCCUGCUGCUUCAACCUCACUUUCCCCAACGAGUGCAGGAGGAGUUGCUAUCAGACGUCUUCACACUCGUCACCGCCAGUUCUUCUCCCCACCCUUUCCCACUUCCCCAUCCCCCUCCUCAUGUUCCGUACCUCACCCCUCGUCCUCUCCUCCAUAGCUCUCUCACUUUCCCCAGCGAGUGGAGGAGGAGUAGCUAUCGGACAUAUUCAUGCUCCGCUCACCACUGCCACCAUAUGGGCCCUUGUUUCCCCCCACCUUCCCCUCCUCUCAUCUUUUACCCCUCCCACUUCUCACAGCGAGUGGAGGAGGAGUUGCUAUCGGACAUAUUCACGCUCACCACUGCCACCCCUCUAAACCCACCCACCAUCUUCUCCACGCCUCACUCCAUGCACGCUCCUUCCCCCAGCGAGUGGAGGAGGAGUUGCUAUCAGACAUCUUCACGCUCAUCACUGCUGCUUCAUGGCAUCACCCCUCCCUUCCUCCCCUUCCUUCUUACCCUCUCUUUAUUCCCCACUCUCAUUCCCCUCUUCCCCUCCUCCUCCUUCCCCCAGCGAGUGGAGGAGGAGUUGCUAUCAGACGUCUUCACGCUCAUCACCGCUGGCCGGAUUCAAGAUGCCCUCAACCUCUGCCGGGCGGCGGGGCAGACCUGGCGGGCGGCGGUUCUCGGCGGGACAUGGGCCGCGCCGCCCAGCGCUGGGGCGGCAGGGGAGAGCUUCCCCACAGCCGCCACGUGGCGGGAGAUGAGUGGAGGGGCGAGGCGGGCGGCACAGGCGGGGGAGGUGGAGGGGGGGAAGGGGCGGGGAAGGCGGCUGUGGAAAUGGUCUCUGCUGGUGGCGUCUGAGGCUUCGAGCAGUCGGUUUGAGGCGGCUGUGCUGGGAGCGCUGUGUGGCAAUGUGAAGAGGAUACUGCCUGUCUGCACGUCAUGGCAGACGGCCUGCUGGGCACUGCUGCGUUGUUGGCUCGACUUUCAGGUCGAAGCCCACCUCUCCGCUGCCUCCUCCCCACCCCUCCCUCGCGCCCUCCCUUCCGUCUCCGCCGCUGCCGCUCGUGCUCUCGCCUCCAUCUCCCCCGCUCCCUUCCUCUCCUCCUCCUCCGCCUCUUCCCUCGCCGCUACAACCAUCUCCCUUGCACCAUCUUCCUCAUCAUCAUCAGCAGCAGCAGUGGCAGCGUCAGCAGCAGCAGCGGUGUCAACAGCAACGGGAGCGGCAGUGUGGCCGGCACCAGUGGCGGCACAGCAACCGGCUGACUUUGACGAUCUCUUUCAGAAGCUCAGAACCAGCCCCUCUCUCCCAGACGCUGUCAAGCGCAGCAGCACGGAGCCACACCAUGUGCUGCAGACGCACCUCAUUCUCAGGAACGUUCCAGGAACCAUCCAGGCGCUGCGGUCGUGGAUCAUCCCCUCGGUGGCUCCGUCGGGAUUGGCUGCUUCUCUGGGCGGCAAUGUGGAGAGCGACUCCGACCCUUCCCUGGUGCGGUGUGGCGCCCACCUGGUGGUGCUUCUGCGCUCCGUGCUCCCCGCUGCUGCUCGCCAGCAGUACAGGGACUGGCUCAACACGUCAGGCGAUGUCAUUCUGUACACCUACUGUGUGUUGCUGGCAGCGCAGCGCAGGGACCAUCUCACACCGCUCUACGCCUCACUGCUGCUCACGCCCUCCCUCACCUCUGACUUCUUCCUUCAGCUAUUCGAGCAGCGCAAGACAGACAGUGUUGAGGCCAAGAGGCGAACAGUGGAGGCGCUGUGUCUGCACCUCCCUCUCUCCGGCCCUGACUCUGUCCCCACAAUGCUCAACAGGUUCCUCUCCAAGUGCUCCCAUUGGUCGGAUCCCGGGGUCCUGCCGGCCUCUGAUUGGCCGAGAGCAGUUCUGGCGGAUCUGAGGGGACAGGUGGCAGCGUUUGAGUGGGCGGUGACGGACCCCACUGCCCCGGGGACAGUGGGCAGUGCAGAGUGGGGCAGUGAGAGGAGGAAGAUGCAGCGACUGGCUCUGCAGCAUGGGAACCUUCUGCUGCGCGCCAUGCUCCUGGCGGCACACGCGGAGGGCGGCAGCAGCAGCGGCAGCCCGUCCAGCCAAUCAGGGCGCUCCAUUGCCGCCCUGCUGGCAGAUACAGUGGCGGGCAUUCACACAGAGAUGGAGGCGAGGCGAAGCCAGGAGGGGGCAGAGCGAGAGGAGCAAGAGGAAGAGGGAGAUGAGGAGGAGGAAGAGGAGAGUGUGGAGCUCAGCGAAUUUGACUUCUGGGUGGAUUACAUCGCUGCUGAUGUGGCGUACCGUGGUUGGGCCACGGCAGCAGCAGCAGCAACGGAGCGAAGGGAAGAGCGGGAGAGGAGGGAUCAGGAGCAGCAGGGAGCGGGUCAAAUGGGGGGUGCAGGGCAGGAGGAAGGGGAGGCGGAGAGGGAGAAGGAGCGAGCAGACCUGUUAUUGCUGGCCAGUCGGGCUGUCUCUAUUGGCAUGCAGCUGCUGCAGAGGGAAGCCUCAUCAACCAUGCGGCUUCAGGUCACCCCACAGCAGCAACCGCAGCAAUCACACCAGAACCAGCAGCAGCAGGGCGGCAGAGAGCAUGUGGUGGUGGCGUGUGUGGCGGUGCUGGCCCCCUCAGGGGCUCUCGUGCCCGGCGACGCCUCCCUGUGUGCCGCCAUGCACUCAGCGCUCAUGGCGUGCGUGGGGGAGCGAGAGGCAGAGGCGCGGCAAGUCAGGGUCGACGUGGCAGCGCACCCCUCAGACGCGCGCCUGCUCACACUCGCCAUUCGCUGUCUGGGGACCGGAGGAGAGGAGGGGGCGAGUGAGGCAGUGAGUGUGGAUGUAGAGAGCCCUGCUGUUCGCAUCAUGGCUCGUGUUGUCAAAGCGGAACUACCUCACAUGGACCCUGCGGCUCGCAUGCACGUGGUGCGCUGUGCUGCCUUCACCAACCCACCCACCCACCGCCCAAGCCUCUCCCGAACCACCGCUGACAGCUUUGGCACCAUAGCAGCAGCGGAGGCUCGGGGUGCUGAGCCUGCGCCGUGGCUCAUGCGCCGGCUGUGCCGUGUGUGCUGCCUUCCCACCCUUGCCUUGCGCUGCCAGGAGGUGCGGGUGUUUAUGGCGCAGCAGCUGGAGCCAUCAGUGCAUGUGGAUCCAGCAGCAGCAGCAGAGGUCAUGGAAGCAACUGAUGUGGCGGCUCUGGUGGCCCAGGGCACGCUGCAUCAAAUCUUCACACCCCAGCAGCUCCAGACCCGAUAUGCCUAUCCCUGCUUCGUGAAGCUCGAGCCUUCGAAGAGCUCGUCGUCGUCCGAUUUCCUCCCUCCGCCGCCCUCCUGGCCCGAGGAGUACGCGGGAGUUGCGCCGCUUCCGCGAGACGACUCCGCCGCCACCUUCCACGUGGCGGACUAUGGUGCGCAGCCCGACGGCCGCGGGGAUAGCUGGGGCGCCUUCCGCCGCGCCUUCGACGCCGCCUGCAAGCUCGCGGAGGCGGAAAGCGUGCGCGUCCGCGUGCUCGUCGCUCCGCCGUCCGCGGAAGGAUCUUCCGGGGGGAGCUCUUCCGCGGGGGGAUCAUCCAAGGAUGGCGGUAGGAAGGAUUCUGGCCGAAUCGCUAGUACGAAAAGCACCAACGGCAGUGCCGCUGGCAACGGAAUUGACACUACACUCGGGAACGACUCGUCCGCGAAUAGCGAUCCCAACAAUACCGCGGAUAACAUGCCUCAUCUGCCGACGGUCGCGGACGUCACAAUGCCGGACGUUAACGUUAACGUCAACGUCGACAAUUCGAUUGCUAACGUGGACGCGUUGAAGGGUUCCAGCAGCGGAGGCGGCAACGGCAACGGCGGGGGGGUAAACGGAAGCGGGGGAAGCGGAGCAAGCGGCGCGCACGUGGUUAGCGAUACGAUGCAGUGGCUGCUCAACCAUCGCGGAUUGGCGCAAAAGAACCACGGACUGACGGAGAGGAGGUUGGGGGAGCAGAGGCGCGGAUUGGCGGAGCGGAACCGUGUGCUGGCGGAGCGGAGCCGAGAGGCGGACGGGAACAGCGUCAAGUACUAUCUCAGCCGUUCGAUCACGGUGAACGGAUCUGGCAGCCUCGACGGCAACGGCGAGGGGUACUGGGAUACCGAGGCGCACGACCGGCCGCACCUGCUGUCGCUGAUCAACUGCCGCGAGGUCAUUCUCGACAGCGUAGCGCUGCGCACUUCCUCCCGCCCUCCUCCCACUGCUCGCCUCACACCCCCGCUGCCCAACCACACGAAGCCCCCCAUGCCUUCUAAUACGGCACCUCCCCCCCCCUCUCCCCGCUUCCUCUGCGCCUCCACCCAUCCCCCCGCAACGUCCCUAUGUGCCACGUCUUCUCUUCUCCUGUGCCAUCCCCUCGCCCUUCGCCCUUGCUCCCCCGUUCUCGCCCACUCUUCGUCCUCAUUCCGAUUCCCCCCUCCCCUUUCUCGGCCCUCCUCCACCCAUCCCCCCGCAACGUCCCUAUGGACCAUGUCUUCUCCUAUGGCAUCUCCUCGCCCUUCUACCCCUGCUCCCCCCUUCCUCAUUCCCCCCUCGCCUCCCCCUCUUCCCCCUCCCCCCUCUCUCUUCCCCAUCCCCCAGCAACCCCCCGAUGUACCACGUCUUCUCCUGUGUCGCCGUCUCCCCCUCCUCACCCCCUUCUCGCCCCUCCUCUCCCUUCCUCUGCCCGCUCCCCUCCCUCCUCCUCCCCCAUCCCCCAGCAACCCCCCCAUGUACCACGUCUUCUCCUACGGCAUCUUCUCCCCCUCCUCACCCUCUCCUCUCCCCUCCUCUCCCCUCCACUUCCCCCCUCUCCCCGAUCCCCCCCCGCGCCUCCCCCCAUCCCCCAGCAACCCCCCCAUGUACCACGUCUUCUCCUACGGCAUCUUCUCCCCCUCCUCACCCUCUCCUCUCCCCUCCUCUCCCCUCCACUUCCCCCAUCUCCCCGAUCCCCCCCCGCGCCUCCCCCCAUCCCCCAGCAACCCCCCCAUGUACCACGUCUUCUCCUACGGAAUCGACAGGCUGUGGGUGAGGAGAUUAACUACCAACGCGCCAGACGAGUCGCCCAACACGGACAGCCUGAAACUGCUCGGCGUGCGCCACGCGCUCAUUGAGAAUUGCACCUUCCACGGAGGCGAUGAUGACGUGUCACUGGUGGCACGUGGCAGCCAGGCAGUGGCCAACGUGACGGUCCGGAAUCUGAUUGCCACGUCAGGGCACGGGAUCAGCAUUGGGAGUUUGGGAGCAGGGGGGGCGGUGGCGUGUGUGUCGGAUGUGAGCUUCAAGGAUUUGAUUCUAUCGGAUUUGUCGAAUGGGUUGAGGAUCAAGACGUGGCAGGGCGGCUUGGGAAUGGUGCGGAAUGUACAGUACGAGAACGUGUACAUGACAAACAUCGAACGAGCGAUUACACUAGAUCAGUUCUAUUGUGACGACAAUCAGGACUUCCCCUGCGACCCAUCGCCCCACAACGUGGCGCUGGUGAACAUCUCGUACACCCAUGUGUAUGGCACCGCCUCCAAGUAUGCGAUGGAUAUGGAGUGUAGCGAUACGGUGCCCUGCACUGGGAUCUCCCUCAACAAUGUCAAGCUGGGGGGGACAAGCUCAAGCACCAAGGAGCCUGUUUUCAAGAACAUUCUGUCGAGCCAUGCUGUGGGUGACAUCAUCGACGUGUUGCACCCCGGCAAGGCCAACGUGUCCAAGGUACACUCCUCCCCCGCUCCCCGCGUUUCUCUGUGUGCCUCCUCUGCAGCGCGAUUUACUCUCCCCUGCUGCGUGCUCCAUUCUCACCUGCUGCGUGCUCCAUUCUCAGCUAGGGCCGUUCCCGCUUUGCAGUCCUCACCCCUUCCUGCCAUUUAUACCGCGUCCCUACUUGCGCAGUUUGUCAUUCUGUUUCCUGCGUUUCAUCCGUCCCUAUCCCCUCCUGUCUCACUUGCCUAUCUCUACUUUCCCUUCACUCCCCCGCUUUCCUUGCGCCCCUGUUUCUCCGCGCAUCUUCUCUCCACAGCCCCGUCCCGUUAUAAUGUCCGCCCCUGCCCCAGUUCCCCCUCCCGUCUCCCUUGCCCCUCUCCACACUUCUCAACCCCUUCACUACCCCUCGCUUUUGCGCUUCUGCUUCUCCCCGCACCUUCUCUCCACUGCCCGUCCCCUUUGAAUGUCCGUGCCCCACUCUAUCCCCCCAUUUCCCGCCCCACACCCCCCCUCUCCCCUUCUCCUCUUGUCCUCCCUGGAGUCGUAGUUGAUCAAAAUCACAUCCCUCUGUUCCGGUUCCCCAUCCCUCCCCCCUCUUUCUCUCCCCUUCUCUUUCUCCCUCCCCUCCCUCCCAUUUCCCCAUCCCUUUCCCCGCCCCUUCCUCCUCUCUCCCCCCCGCCCCUUCCCGCUACUCCCCCCCCGCCGCUCCCUCCUGCGCUUCCGCCUCCCCUUCCGCGCGUCUCCGCGCGCCAGUCGGAGCUGAAGGAGAAGCUGGGCGCCAUCUACGAGAAGAGCGACCUGUCGUGCAUCUUCGUGUUCGGCUUCCGCACGCAGUUCGGUGGCGGCAAGUCCACGGGCUUCGGGCUCAUCUAUGACAACCUCGAGGCCGCCAAGAAGUUCGAGCCCAAAUACCGCCUCGUCAGGUCCACGAGCUUCGGGCUCAUCUACGACAACCUCGAGGCCGCCAAGAAGUUCGAGCGCAAAUACCGCCUCGUCAGGGUGAGCACUGAGCAGCUGAGAGGUCGUGGGUUCGAGUCCGGUAGGAGAGGGUGUUCUUUAGGUGAAUCUACUGGCAGCAGCAAGUCCACGGGCUUGGGUUUCAUUUACGACCAGCUCGAGGCCGGCAAGAAGUUUGAGCCCAAAUACCGCCUAGUCAGGGUGAGCAGCUGA